AGGGGUGAGUGAGCGUUUGAAUGAGAGUGUAGCGGUGAGAGUUACUCUUGUUUUUUUUCUGUCUUUCACCAUCUGUCCCACUCUUCAUCGCUCGCUUUCUCGCUCACUUGUUUCGUUCAGCCACUACAGUUCAGUCCAGCGUUUUUUGUUUUGUUUAGGGUCACCCAACAAAAAAAAAAGGAUACUUCACCCCUGUUCUCUUUUUCCCAACCCCCUAAACUGUAACGCCGAGAUGAGCGAUUCCGCGCAGUGGUGUGUGUCAUGAGGGUUGCUUGUUCUCGCUCUCUCUCUCGCUCUCUUUCUCGCUUGCACUUUUUUGUCAUCUCAAAGCAAAAAAACAACAGCCACACACAACGGGCACUCACUCACACAAGGGUGCCCGGUAUACCGUCCGUUGGUCCUUUUUUCCUUAGGGGGAUGAUGCGAGAGCGGGAGAGAAUGAAUUGAGCUGACCGAUGGUGCGUGUGAGCAGUACGCAUGCUUCUUCCACCCUUCGUGUGCAAGAGUGCGUGGUGGUGGUGGCUACGUCCACGGUGGACAACGUCUUCCAGCAAACCGUAAGCACCACCCGUUCCUUCUUACCGCGUCUGUCGCUCCCUUCCUCCGUGUGUGCGUGUGUGUGUUAGUGUGCCAGACGAGAGACGACCGCGGCGAGGACAAACCGAACAGAGAACUCCACCACACGCCGGAAUAUCGUCGUCGCGAACGGACCGAUUCCGUCGGUAGCAGCACCACAGAAACGUACGUGUUUGACCCUCUCGAAUAGCCUGCUCGUUGAGGCUGACCGUUAAGCAAGACCGUCCUUGGUUCCGCAAAGGGAAAAAACCCGACCGAGUGGGAGAAGCAAUAACCUUUGUCCAGCAUCAAAUUGUCACCACAUUUGGUCAGCUAUUAUCAACAUUUGCAACAAUUCUGCGAUACAAGAACGCUACCAUGACGAAACGCGCCAAAAGUGUGCCUCGGUGACAACAGUGUGAAAAGUGCGAAAUUUGGUGUGGUUCAGUUUUGUCGGUUCCAUGCAGCGGAAUCAACCUUUAAAAAUCGGGUUCCCCCCACCAGUGCACACUUUAAGAACACAUUCUCCUUGAGGAGGGAGGAUUUUCCGUUUUUUUUUUCAUUAUUUCGGUGUGGUUUGUUAUUUCCUUGUUCGCGGUGAUUUUGUUUCUCAGUUUGUGAAUGAUUGAGUUUCAAUGAGUUUUUCGUAACAGAUUUUUUGGUGAUAAAUCGCAGUGCGGUGUUGGUGUUGUUUAAAAUAGUUCAUCCCGAGCGAUAGUGAAGAUAGCCGUAACACCUGAAGGAGCACCUCGUGGAAAAUAAGCGAAUAUUAUGACGAAAAAAUUGUGAUUCAUGUGACGACGGAAAGACGGAAGAAAGUGUUAUUUUUUUUUUUGCUUGCUGCGUCCUGUGAGUGGUUUGUGUGCCAAUUGUCAAACGUUAGAGAAAAAGCAUUGCCUCUCUCACCUGCCGUACCAAGAUGUUGUCCACCAGCGAAGAUGCCGGAUUCUACUCGCACAAUCGCGAUCAUUCCGAAACGGGAGAUUCGGACGGCACGCAGGAUAUCCUUACAUGCGGGUCGUGUCAGAAAACGUUCGCCCUGUCCGACAUCGUGCGAUUCAUCCAGCACAAAGUGCUCCAGUGUAACAAGGAAAACUAUGGCCAGUGCUUCACGCAAGCCGGUGGAACCGAUCGUGAUUCGGACGAUGGCCGACGGUUAAUGUUGACCAGCAACACCAGCAGCAGCAUAACGACACGCCGUGCCUCCAUGCCGAAUGUGUCCUGCCGGGUGAAACAGAUCACGACCACCACCACCACCCACAGCACUAGUACGACGUUCGAUCGUGUCCACACACCACCCCCAACCAGCCCGGCGGAACUGCUGCGUGACGGUGCGUCCAGCACACCGAAACAACUCGGCGAUGAACCAGAAAACGCAUCCACCCAUUGUACGUCGCGGGGAGCCAGUCCGCUCGGUUGCACACUCCACGACAACCACAAACAGUCCGUCCGAAUGGCCGAAAUCAAGCAGGAACGCAUGGACAUCGAUCCGUCGUCGUGCGGCGAGGACGAGUUCGUUAGCCGAAAACCAUCCCAGACCACCCACCGGAACGGUUCGCACGAGAACCGGAUGAAGGGUGGUUCCGAUGCACCCGAACCCAACAACACCAGCAGCGAGCCGAGCAACUACGUCUGCUCCACGUGCAAAACCAAGUACCAUUCGGCGUGGCGGCUGGUGCAACACGUACAGCAUGCACACGGUGUGAAGAUUUACGUUGAAUCGUUAGCGAGCACCGGCAACCAGGACGGUGGAGCAGCACCGACCGAGGAAUCCGAUGCACCGGAAUCGGCUGCCGCUUCCGAGGAAGCAAACGGACCGACAACGGCACUUCCGGAGUUGCAGAAGGUGACCGACAUUAGCGACGAGUCGGAAACAACUUUACCACGUUCCAGAUGUGCAAGCCGAAGCCGAAAUGAAGUUUCCAUGGAGCGAGAGCCAGAACAGCCACAACCGAUCCGAUCGCCAGCGCUUAAAGGCAAGGACCUACCGAGCAAUGGGUUGGAGAUGGUGCCCAGCACCACACCAACCGAGAACGGUAUGGAUGAGUCCGAUGAAGAGAUCGAGGUACGAACGAAGCGACCGAAACUGACCACCACAACGAGCACCAGUUCAAACGGAAGUCACAGUACGGUCAACCACACCGUAGAAGUUGCCCUAGCACUUACCAGUCCGCAAGCGCUCACUACCACCUCCACCACGGCACAGUCACUGCGCCAAUCGAGUACACCGCAACCUGCAACGGCGUCAUUUAUUGCCACCGCUCCAUCACCAUCCCAUCCGCAUCAUUCCCCUCCAUCGAGCAGUGUGGUCACCACAACGCCCUCGCUAACACCUUCGCGCAGUGAAUCGACACAAAGCCUUCCACCAACGUCACUGCGGGCACAUCACACGCUACUGCCACCGCCCGAGCUGCAUCCAAAUCCGUUCGGAUUGCUCCGAAUGCCACCGCACCAUCCGCACAGUCCACUGUUCGGCCGGGCGCACCAUGACUUUCGCAUGGAGCACCUAAUGUCGGAACAGUUCCGCAGCCACGGACUCAACCUUGCUGCGGCGGCCGUGGCGGCAGCGAACCAGCUAAAGUCACACAGUCAGCAGUUCAACCCAGCAACCGGUGCGACCGCCUCCGAACGUCCACCAUCGGCUGGAGGCGCUGCCCUAACGCUCACUCCCGGUGGCGGUCUUGAGCCACACAUGGAUUACUACUCGCAGCGACUACGGCAGCUCGCCGGGACAACGAGCCCGGGUGCGAACCUUACCUCCAACUCUUCCAACUCACCCAGUCCCCGCAAGCAGCAACACUCACCGUCCCACUUUGCCAGUCCGUCACCAUCUCAGCUGCCUCCCACACCGCUCACAAACAACUCGCGACCGCAGAGUCUUACACCGCCGGAGAAGCACACCGAGUUGCUCGGAAUGGACGCCGGCAUCAACAUCAGCAAUACGCCCCGAUCGGCUUCAACGCCACCGAACAAGCAGUCGAUCCAGUCCGCCUCCGAUAAUGCACUUUACUCCUGUGAGUUCUGUGGCAAGAAGUUCCGCUUCCAGAGCAACCUGCUCGUACAUCGACGGACACACACGCGUGAGCUACCCUUCAAGUGUACCAGCUGCGAGUUCUCGUGUGCGAAAGAUUCGAAGCUAAAGCAGCAUAUGAAGCUGGUCCACGGACGACGGCGUUCGUCUGCGGCCGUUUCGGAACCGGACUCGGGAGCUAGCAAUGUCGAUUCGAUAAAGAGCGAUCCGGACGAUACGGAUAACGAGCUGAUGGAUGAUCUGGACGCCGAUGGUGAUGACCGUCGGAUGGGUCACGAUGGUGGCGCUGAUGCGGACGAGGACAACGGUGAGGAUGAUGAUGACGAUGAGGACGAUGACGAUGAGGAUGAGGACGAUGAGGCCGAAGAUCUCAGCAUGAGCAGUACGCAAAGUCAAUCAAAGAAGGACGGUAGCGGUGGAUCAUUGCCGAUGUCCACUUCGCUCGUUGGGGAGUUGAUGGAUAAGUUCGGACUGUCCAACAUUGCCCAGUACUCGGAAGCGUACAAACAGGCGCUGCAGGAAUCGGGCAAUGCGCUCAAACUGCAGCUAACGAGCAAGGAUCGGGACAACAACAACAGCGCCAUGGCCAUACCCGGGCUGGCGGAGAAGCUGAACGGUUUGCCCACGGCUCUUCGCAUCAAGCAAGAGCUGGCGAAGAACAUGCUUCAGCAUCACAACGCCCAACUGCCCCAAGUCCCACUAUUCAAUCCGUUCGAAAACCCGUUCGAUGCAUCGAAGCGCAUGAAGCUCGAGGGCAGCGAUAGCUGGUGGGGUCUUCCCGGACUACACCGUGGUGACGCACUGUUCGAAGACAUGAAACCGGGCCGAGAUGGAAGUGUUGGACGAGGAUCGGGUGCCGGUUUGCUCCAGCCGAUGAUGAAGAAAGAAAGCAAAUUGCGCAACGACACGUGCGAGUUCUGCGGUAAAGUGUUCAAGAAUUGCUCCAACUUGACGGUGCACCGGCGCAGUCACACGGGUGAGAAACCGUACAAGUGUGAGCUGUGUUCGUAUGCCUGCGCCCAAAGCUCCAAGCUGACGCGUCACAUGAAGACGCACGGGCGACUCGGCAAGGACGUUUACCGAUGCCGAUUCUGCGAAAUGCCCUUCAGUGUGCCCUCCACGCUGGAGAAACAUAUGCGCAAGUGUGUCGUCAACCAGGGAAAACUGCAGCAGCAACAGCAACGCGAGCUCCAACACCUUCAACAGCAGCAGCAGCGGGAACUACAGCACCAUCAGCAAUUGGCCGCCCAGCAGCAACAGUUAGCCGCCCAGCAGAUGGCACUAGCUGCCCAUCGCGAUCGUGACCACCAUCGGGAGCGGGACCGGGAACGGGACCGUGACCAUCACCAUCACCCGCAGCAACAACCGCAGCAGCCUGUUUCGAUACUGGCAGCCGCUGCGGCCGCCUCACCUUCGCACGUCGGCCCACCCCAGCUACCACCCGGGUUGCUGUUGCCUCCGUUGCCGGCCGCCGUUGCAGCAGCCGCCGCUGCCGCUGCCGGCGUCUCGACGGACGACAGUGCAUCCUGCUCACCGUCCGGUUCGUCAUCGUCAUCGUCGGCCGCCGCUGCAGCAGCCGCCGCAGCCGCCGCCGCAGCUGCUGCCGCCCUCAUCAAGGAGGAGGCGGCAACGGCAUGACUUUACCCUCCCUGGAGUGGUUACGAGCUGCCGCCCAACCGGAUGAUGUCCCGCAUCUACUAGCCGCCAGCAACGGCCGCCCUCGACGGACGGCGGACGAACGGUCACAGCAUGCAACCGAGGACGACCUACCUGCCGCGCAUGCCCUGACCGUUCUCGUCCAUUGCAUUUGGAUGCGGUGAACAUAUUGGGGCGACAUGAUAUAAGCACAACGUGAUCGAUAAGCAGUAAGCAGUUUAAAACACAAAAACACACAUUAUACCCUCCAAAAACCCUACUUUUUCCCCUCAUUCCUCCCCGCAUUCCUAUUGUUCUUGUUUCUAGAGGCAUUAAUACCAAAGUUACAAUACUUAUAGCCGAGUGGUCUACCGGACUGCCACUGCCGAUACAGGUUUUAGAAGAUCUUCUUCACACCUUAUUUUUUGCUCGUUUAUUUAAGGAUGUUUUAUUAGAUACAAAUUCCAUACAUAUAUGUAUACCCUCCCACACACCCUCUCACAUAUACAAACAUACACAUACAUGUUUGUUGUAUAUAUUAGCUGUAAAUGAAUUCCUUUCCGGACGAAAAAGACGAACUGCAGAUGGAACAGUAAAGGCAUUUAUAUUAGGAAGUUUUGUUUGAUGGUAUUUAGUUUGUAGCAAGCUGGCAGCACACUCAGACACACAAACACCCAAAAACACACACACACAGACACGUGGUUAAUGUUUUAAAUUAUUAAACUUUAUUUUUAAAUUCACACGACAACAGCAGUGUCUGCCAAACGCUUGCAAAUGCAAUGUACAGUAUUUUAAGCCGUACGACACGGAUCACACAUGUAUAAGAAACAGAACAGAAGAAAAACAAAAACACAAAGUAAAGUGACAAAUAAAAGCGAAAACCGAUACACUAAAGGCAAAACUAGUGGUUUAAGUAGUGUUAAUUAAACUAAACAUACACACAUAAAUACAUGCACGCGCACACACGCACGCACGCGCGCACACAGACGUUACUUAAAUGUUGGAGCGCCGUCUGGAGGGAACAGUUAGAACAAUUGCUUUGGGUGCGUAAGUGUGUGUAGUGUGUGUGUGUCAGUGUGUGACCGAAGGCGCUAAAGCAAGGAUGUUGGCCAGUUUGUAAUUUAUAGCAUUUCUACACCCUUUGGCAGUUUUGUUCUACUUAGGAAUGUUGUUUUUGUUGUGUUGCAAAUUUACCUUUUCUUUAUAGGAUAAUUGUAUCGUUUUUACACGCUCCGGUGUCGCUAGUUGUUUGCCUUCGAACGCAAUAUGUUGUGUCCAGUUUUGUUUCCAUUUUUGCCUUAUUUUUCUUACUCUUUCUCUCUCUCUCCCUAUAUCCUGUUGAUCAUUUAAUCUUUGACAAAUGUUAAAUGUUUCUAGUUUUCGUAUUUUCUUUCAAGGUUUAAAAGAUUUUCCUUUAGUUUUUAGAUAUACAAACGAUAGGGCAAGCUCUACUCUAUGGUUUAGGACAAGUCUCCCCUUUUUAUCGAGUGGGGUGUUUACUUACUUACUAACGCUCUGUUUUUUUUUAUAAAACAUACGACAAACAAUGUUGCACCGUUCGAUUGUUUCCUUCUACUUACGUUAAGACUGAUUAAGAAUGAUAAAUUGCCUUUGGCGUGUUUUUUCGAGAAAGUAUGUACAGUUUCUUUUAUUAUUUUUCGUAAUCGUAACAAUAGCGCGAGAAUGGGAACACAGGCAGCUAGGUUUGGUGUUCGUCACAAAUGCACCUUAUUUAUUUCAGCUGGGAAGGUGGGAUUUAAUUAGCAAGCAACAAAAAAAGCAUUGGAAUUGCGUGUAAAACCCCGGCUAAACUAUUCUUUCCAACCUACUCUCCGUUGAACUGACACCGAGAUCUCUUUCUCUGGCUCUCUCUUCUCGGAGUGAUGAAGGAUGGAAUGAAUUGUUUCUUUUAUUCAGUUUUACAUUGCAAAAAGAACCUUUUGGGCGGGAUAGCUGUGCGCCUGAUAAACAGAAUGUAAACAAGGAUGCAAAGAAGUGAAUAAAGAUGAAUGUAACAAUCUAGCGCGAAGGGAGUAGCUGUUAAUUUUCGAGUUCUUGUUUUUUUAGCAUUGCAUCCAUUUUUGUACAUUCCUCACGUGAUAAAUCAAGACUUUUCCCACAUAGACACAACUACAUGAGCACACCAUUUUCCACCCCAUGCGUGAACACAGUGACAUACAUGUUGGUUGGUCGCGAUCAGGAAGACACUACAGUAUCCAUUUCCACCUUAUUGUAGGUGGAGAUUAUUUUAAUUAUAAGCAGAGAAGCAUUUUGCGUAGCACGAGAAUGGAACAGUUCCAAAAAAACCAGUAAAAUCAGACGCACACAGCAUGCAGCAUUAAAAAGGACAGUAAAGAAGGACAGUAGAAUUGUGAACAUUCUCAGCAAAACGAAUAAAAAAAAAUGAAAGAUUCCUAUUAAACUUUAUGAAUUUAUAUAAAUGUACAAAUUGAUGCUAAGUGUUUGUGAGGUAAACGAGAGCUGACCAAAAGGGACGAUGUGUGGAAGAAGGAUGAGGGAGCGAGAGAGAAACCCUUAAUGGUCAAUCUGGUAUGCAAAGGCAGACUAUUGGAACGAGUACCGUUUCGCUGUAAUCUUUUUGUACGAAUAAUAAACAAAGCAACAAAUAGACGAAAAAAAAGAAAUGAAAACGCAUAAAAGAAAGACGAAAAGCAACUGCACAAUAUACAGCAAAAGGUGCGCAUUUAAAACUGCAUUAUUUAAAAAAAAAAGAAAUCAAAUCGUAUCAAAAUGUAAGUCGCUGCGAAACGGCAUCUCAUUCCACGACGUGUGUGCGUGCGUGUACUAGAGAGAAACACUGUUCACCGAAGAAUAAUAAUCAAAAGUGAAUAGCAUGGAUGCGUGAAAAAAAUGGCAAUUAAUAGAAGUUGUAGUAAAUGCAAGCAAGAAAAGAAAGAUAAAAACAAACAGGAAACUUUAAAAUAGCGAUACACUGUAUCGCUGUAACAGAAUGCAAACUAAACGUCACAGUAAAGAAAUAAAUCCGAAAGGAAAGAAUAUAUACAUAUAGAGCAAAUUAUAAAAAAGAACAGUGUACAGAUAAUUAACAUGAACAGUGAAGCCACACAUACACAAACACUCACACCCAAACACACUGUAACGCACCGAAAUUGUGCUGGAAAUAAAUGUCGAAUGAAGAAAAGGAAGAAAACAAUUUAAAAAAUAAUAAACACAAAUCACAUAUAUUGUAUAACGAUGAUGCAAAACGUACUUACAAGAACCACGGUAAAUAAAAACUAUAAAUGUUUACAAAAAUGAAA